AUGGUCAACUCCUGCUGUGGCUCCGGCUGCUGCAAGCCCUGCUGCUGCAUCUCCAGCUGCUGUCGCCCCUCCUGCUGUGGUUCUAGUUGCUGUGGCUCCAGUUGCUGCCAACCCACCUGCUGCCAGACCACAUGCUGCAGAACCACUUGCUGCCGCCCCAGCUGCUGUGGUUCCAGCUGCUGCCGCCCCUCCUGCUGUGGUUCCAGCUGCUGCCGCCCCUCCUGCUGCAUUUCUAGCUGCUGCCGCCCCUCCUGCUGUGGAUCCAGCUGUGGUGGCUCCAGCUGCUGUGGCUCUAGCUGCUGCCGCCCCUCCUGCUGUGGCUCCAGCUGCUGCUGCCCCUCCUGCUGCUGCCCCUCCUGCUGCCUGCGCCCAGUCUGUGGUCAGGUCUCCUGCCACACCACUUGCUAUCGCCCUACCUGUGUCAUCUCCACCUGCCCCCGCCCCAUGUGCUGUGCCUCCUCCUGUUGCUGA